GUUUAGUUAGCUAUUAACCUUAUUCUUUAGUUCGUAGGGUAAAACAAAUGUAAAACUAAAUGUUAAUUUAUUCCUUUUAUUUUAGAUUCCUUCCAAAUUUACAGUACAUGUAUAAUAAUUUUUAUUAUGCAAAGGCUCUUACACAUAUUACAAUUAUGUGUAAUACUAUUCAGUUUAAAUAGACUAGAAACCAUUAAAAUAAAUAAUGGAAGGUUAAAAUACUCAAUUUCAAUAAAAAGUCCCACUGAACUUUUGGGUAAAUUGGUAGAUAAACUUGUGAAUGUGUCAACUGAGUCCUACAACAGAGCAAAAAAGGAAUUAUAUGUUGAGGAUGUGAAUGGAAGUAUCAAUAAACCUGCAAGACUAUUGUUAGCUUUGGAACAAAGUGAACUGUUCAAACGCUGUAAUAACAUAAACUACAGCGAUGAUGGGAGUGAAAUAAACUUCUCUGACCACGACAAGGUCCUACUACCUCCCUCCUUCUUCGAGUCACUUAAGGACGGAGAUUACAAUGUUCCAUUUCAACUACUUGUACGAAAGAUUCACAACCCACAAGAAGUUAGUGAGCCAGCAAGAACCAACGAUAUGACUACCAAAGGUUCAAAGAAGGAUUUUAUCAAAUUAAAUAAUAAAGACGAAGCCACUGAGUGUACGAUAAAAAGUAAUAAUGAAGACUAUAUAUCGCAAAAUAAAAUUCCCGAGGAGUGUAUUUCAUGUUCUGCAAUUGAAUUUAGAACCGAUGAAAAUUACAUUUAUUUACCCAAAUGGAUUAUAAACAACCUCAAGAUCAAGCCGUAUGAUAUAGUACUGGUGGAACCAGUAAAGUUAAGUGAUUGUAUGAAUGUAGAAUUAAAGUGUUUGGAAAAGGGAUUUUAUGAUUUGAAAAAUGUAAAGAAGAUUUUGGAGGACAGAUUAAAGUACUAUUCAACUUUAACCCUAAAUUCAGUGAUUCCUAUAACAGUGGAUAAGAAAACGUAUAAUUUCCAGGUUGUUAAACUGGAUACUGGAAAACGUCAGAACGUUAACCGUGUAUCAAUACAGGACAUAGACAUUAAUCUCAAACUUUUAUGA